AGUGGACUUAGUUGCUAGCGUAGUUUCAAUUAAUGGACAACCGACAACACUGUGCAACAAUCAUUCAAAAAGCAUGGUUCUCUUAUCACAACAAACAGAUAUUUAAGAUAUUUAAAUUUGCAAUAAAAAUCUUGGUUUGUAAACAUUUUUUACAUUAAGUUCUAGGAAAACCUGCCAAAAAAACAUCUCCUUAAAUUACUUUUGCCUGAGGACUACCGAAUUUUAAACUCAGAUAGAUUAUGUGACACGGCUGUUUUAUUUAGGUAACUAAUAGUAUCAUUAUUACUUCGAAAAUUUUGGUUGGAUGGGGUAAAAUUUCCACCGGUCAUAUGUUUCAAAGUAAAUGUGAAGAAUAUUUCUUGUUCAUUUACUAAUAUUUCUCCUGUGAGUUUAUUUAAUGCAAACAAUAUUACGAAGUGUAUCGUGCAAUCAGUCGGUAGAAGAAAAUACCUCGAUCUAAUGUUUGAAGAUUCAAGUGCUUAUUUUCAACCUCAUUUUAUGAAAGAAAGGUGUCUUUCAGAUGUUCUAAUUACACGAAAGCGUUUCAUUGAAGAACUUCCGGCUGCCUACGGAGGGCAUCAGAAUCACUGGCGUCAUUUGGAUGGUAAAGUUGUCGAAAGGUUGGAUUAUUUAUCUGAUGUACUUGAAUUACCAUCACUGAACUGCAAGCCAAAUUUGAAGCGUAUUAUCAACUUGCUUACUACAACAGUACAGCCUGAAGUAUUAGGUCCGAUGUCACGAUACAAACUGCUUCAAAUGAAACAAAAAUUGGUUCAAUGUGGUAAGGCACAGAAUAAAUUAGAGCAACACAGAAAGAAAACCCAAAAACAGAUGAAUUAUUUUAAUAGUUACAAUAAAGUCCCGAGAAAUAUGAAUUGUAUACAGAACUCACUCAAUAAAAAAACCGAUCUGCUUGCUCAUGAAUAUUUGGAUGAAAUGUCUGAUAAACUAGAAGAAGCAGAACAGUUGUACAAAUGGAGUCAAUGUCUACCUCAGUUGUGAUUUAAAAGAACAGACUUUGUUUACUAAGACUAUGUUUUGAGUAAAAGAGAAAAAAAUAGAGAAAUAACUUU